AUGACUUCCACCACAACUCUGGAGGCAGAACGAGCCGACCGCAUUUCGCGUCUGGCGGGGCUGGAACGGGUAGUAGCCGCUCGGACUGGUGGAGGGUCACAAUCGAACACCGCAGUUCCGAUGUCGCAUGCCCCAGGCUAUUUUGAUACCAGCUCCACAUUGAAGGAGAGAAGCACCGUGGGUAGCGCCAGCGCUACGGGUAGCGUGGGCGCUCGUACGACAUGGGCGAGCGGUAGUGAUGCGUUUGACGCCGACAAGAUGAGCGAGGAGCCGGACGAUGGAACUUCGAGCGUUGGUAAUCUCAGCGAUGAAGGCAACGCCAGCCUCGUCGGGUUUGGAGAAGGAGCUAGCACCAUCAGCGGUCCAAUUUCACAUCCAAACCUGAACCGGACAUCAUCGGUAGGUCGGCCAAAUUCGUUAGGUAGUCCUAGCAUUCCCCGAGCCAAUCCAAUACCUUCAUCAUCUCAACAAUCCGGCGACGGCGGAAUGAUACCAGUGGCAUUGUCGCCAACUGGAUCAACCACACCCGAACCAGUGCAGGACGCUCGAAUGGUCGAUGGGAUGACCUAUGACCCGGAUGUGGUUGAUACCACCGUGAGAACCCCUCGGCUUGCCACUCCCUUAGGUCGAGAUGAUCCUAGUAACAUGCAGGGCGACAGGGGUUCGGGAUUGUUGUAG